ACGGUGUACGGAGUAGGAGAGAGCAGGACUGGAGAGAGGCCUUGGGAAUUGGAAGCGCCAAGCGAGCCAGAGAAGGUUCUAUGCAAAGAACGCUGGAGCCGGAGACAAGAUGCUAACGAGAAGGGCAGCGGAGGCAUCACGCCGCGCUCCCGUUGGCUGGCGACGAGGCCGGAAGAUGACAGUCGAGUCAAGGGGCUAGACCGCGGGAUCAGAGGCACUAAACGCGAUCGGUGGAGUGGAGGAAGCUUAGUUGGACUUAAACCAGCAGACACCAGAAGAUAA